AUGUUGUUAAUAAAUAGUAACUGUUUCUUAUCACUUCUUAUAAUCAACUUUAUCUGUAUAUAUAUAGACCAACUUCACCAUCCUGUAAUGGCUUCCCUACCUCCUUCAGACUGCUGUGCAAAGGUCACUUUCCAAGAGGGCACUGCCAAGGGCCACUUUGAAACCAUCCAUUCUUUAAGAUGUUAUGUCUCCGACAACUACACCACCCAAGAGGAGAAAUACCUGGUUAUUUUCACCGACGUUUUCGGCCUGGACUUACUCAACACUAAACUCAUUGCAGACAACUUUGCAGACAUGCUGGGCUAUCCCGUCAUUGUUCCGGACAUUUUAUUCAAUGACCCAGUGUCUGCCAAUAACUCCGAUUUCGAAACUUUUUUCGCCAACCAUCCAGUGGAGAAGACCAAAAAAUGUAUUGCAGAUUUCUUGUCUCCCUUUAAGUCCACCUUUAUAAAGGCAAAGUUCUUUGCCGGUAUAGGAUACUGUUUUGGGGCUAAAUACUUGGUCCAUCAUAUGACCGAAUCAGGCAUCUUUAAUGUCGGUGCUAUUGCUCAUCCAUCCUUUGUCGAUGAGGAAGAACUCAAACAGGUGAAGAAACCAUUGUUGAUUUCAGCUGCAGAGAUAGAUACAAUCUUCACCCCGGAACUCAGGGCAAAAUCAGAAAUGAUUUUAAAAGAUUUGGAUAUUCAUUACCAAGUGGAUUUGUUUGGUGGAGUCAGUCAUGGCUUUGCUGUCAGAGGCGACUUGUCUGUCAAAUCCGUUAGAUACGCUGCAGAGAAGGCUUUUGCUGACGCUGUCCAUUGGUUUAACUAUCAUGCUUAA